UAUUCCCUCCUACAGCCUCUACGGUCGCCUCGGGGUGAUUUACCUGCUGUUGGGUGCUGCUGACGACCCUUCUGAGCUAAAUGUAGAUAUUCUGUAGUUGCUCGGGUUGGUUUGUUUCCACACACUGCCUGCACCGGCUCUCUGGGCAGAGGAGAAAGUGGGGGGUGGGGGGGGCGGGUUAUUGAGCAUCUCUUCAGCCUCCGCCCGCCUCCGCGCCUCCGUGCCUCUGUCCGAAGCGAGGCGCUGGAGACACAGUGGGCACCGCAGAGCGACCGGGGGACAGACAGAGAGGGGCGAUGGCCGCCGAUGGAGGAUGCGGGGAGUCGGUGGAUCAGUACCGGGCCGAGCUGGAGCGGCUCACCCAGGAACUUGCCGAGGCGAACCGGGAGAAGAUCAGGGCUGCGGAGUGCGGUCUGGUCGUGCUGGAGGAGAACCAGGCGCUGAAGCAGAAGUACGUGGAGCUGGAGACCGAGCAGGAGACUCUCAGGAAGGAGCUGGAACAGUUACAGGAGGCUUUCGGCCAGGCAUACACGAACCAGCGUAAGGUUGCAGAGGAUGGGGAGACCAACGAGGAGACAUUGCUGCAGGAGUCGGCCUGCAAGGAGGCCUACUACAUGGGCCGUCUGCUGGAGCUGCAGACGGAGGUGACCCUGAGCCGCUCCGUGGCGUCCAACGCCCAGGCGGAGAGCGAGAGGCUCAACGCACUUGUGCAGGAGCUACGAGAGAGCAACGAGACGCUGGAGCUACAGAGGAGCAGGAUGAGGGAGGAGAUCAAGGAGUACAAGUUCAGAGAGACCCGGCUGCUCCAGGAUUACACCGAGCUGGAGGAGGAGAACAUCACGCUGCAGAAGCUGGUGUCCACGCUCAAGCAGAGCCAGGUGGAGUAUGAGGGGCUCAAACAUGAAAUUAAAGUACUUGAGGAGGAGACUGUUCUCCUGAACAGUCAGCUGGAGGACGCAUUACGUCUGAAGGACAUCUCAGAGGGUCAGCUGGAGGAGGCCCUGGAUGCCCUCAAGAGUGAGCGUGAGCAGAAGAACAAUCUGAGGAAAGAGCUGGCCCACCACAUCAGCCUGAGUGACAGUGUGUACGGAGCAGGGGCCCACCUGGCGCUCACCGUCACUGGCGUCGAGGGCCUCAAGUUCCCCGAGGAGACCAACGGCACCAACGGCACCAACGGCAGCGCCAUCCCUGCUGCUAAUGGCAACAAUGAGGACAGCAACCGACGCAAUGGCCACCUCCACACAGCUGCCGGACUGGCUAAGAUGAACGGCGAGUACCGACCCGGGCGGAAAGGAGAAGGCCUGCACCCUGUGCCGGAUCUGUUCAGUGAGCUCAACCUGUCAGAGAUUCAGAAGCUCAAGCAGCAGCUGCUACAGGUGGAGCGUGAGAAGACUAUGCUGCUCAUGAACCUGCAGGAGUCUCAGACCCAGCUGCAGCACACACAGGGAGCCCUGAGCGAGCAGAACGACCGGGUCCACCGCCUCACCGAGCGCAUGAAUGCCAUGAAAUGUCUGAAUGGAGACAAAGAGCUCGAUGACCUACAGGAGAGUGAGAAACCUGACGGUGGCUCCUCAUCACCGCCAGCCAACGGUCACCAUGAUCCCGAUAUCCACGGGUUCGAGAUCCUGGAGUGUAAGUACAAGGUGGCGGUGACGGAGGUGAUUGACCUGAAGGCGGAGCUCAAGGCCCUGAAGGAGAAGUACAACCAGGCUGUGGAGGGGCAGGGAGACAGCCACAGUGACGACAGGGUCCAGGCACUGAGUGAACAGGUAACUCAUUUGGAGCGUAGUUAUCGCGAGAGCCGGGAGAGGGUGGCGAGCCUGGAGGCAGAGCUCAGAGCAGCCGCGAGCACAGCCACGGAGAGCCAGGGCAUGCUCAACGCUGCACAGGAUGAGCUGGUAACCUUCAGUGAGGAACUGGCCCAGCUUUACCACCACGUCUGUCUGUGCAACAACGAGACACCCAACCGCGUCAUGCUGGACUACUACCGCCAGAGCCGCGUCACACGCAGCGGCAGCCUGAAGGGCUCGGACGACCCUCGCGCCCUGCUCUCCCCUCGCCUGGCACGGCGCCUCGCCGCAGUAUCCGCGGCCUGCUCCUCCGAACCCCCGCGCAGCCCCAUGGACUCCCCAUCCAAAGAUGGCCAUCACAACGAGAAAGCAGCCAACACAGCAGACCCUCCAUCCCUCCACAGCAGCCCCACCCGCAACCCGCCAGGUUCCCCUGUAAUCAGCAUCUCCCCUUGCCCGUCCCCGGUGCCCUCAGAGGCAGGCGGGGACCUGCGGAAGGAGCCCAUGAAUAUCUACAACCUGAACGCCAUCAUCAGAGACCAGAUCAAACACCUGCAGAGGGCUGUGGACCGUUCGCUGCAGCUGUCCAGGCAGAGGGCUGCAGCCAGGGAGCUGGCGCCGAUGCUUGACAAGGACAAGGAGUUGUGCAUGGAGGAGAUCCUCAAGCUGAAGUCCCUGCUCAGCACCAAGAGAGAGCAGAUAGCCACACUCAGACUGGUGCUGAAGGCCAAUAAACAGACAGCAGAGGUUGCACUGGCUAAUUUGAAGAGCAAGUACGAGAAUGAAAAGUCGAUGGUGACAGAGACCAUGAUGAAGCUGAGGAACGAGCUGAAGGCUCUGAAAGAAGAUGCCGCCACCUUCUCGUCUCUCAGGGCCAUGUUUGCCACCAGAUGUGAUGAGUACGUCACCCAGCUGGAUGAGAUGCAGAGGCAGCUGGCGGCAGCGGAGGAUGAGAAGAAAACGUUGAACUCCCUCCUCCGUAUGGCCAUCCAGCAGAAGCUGGCCCUGACCCAGCGGCUGGAGGACCUGGAGUUUGACCAAGAGCAGACCCACCGUGGCCGUGGCGCUAAAGUGCCCAAGAUUAGAAGCAGCCCGCCCAAAUUUCUUGUAGAUUGUCAGCAGCCUGCUGCCUCAGUACCGUCACUCUCCCCACAACUAAGGCGAGGGAGAGCCUCCCUAGUCCGCAGUCCUAAAUAUUUGGCAGACCUCCAGGAACACCACGCUGUCCUGAUCGGGAACAGUAGCCUUCUCUCCCCCUGCGACCCUCGUAACUGUCUGGCCCAGCAGCCCCAGCCCCCCGGCACCUAACCUUGCCGCUCCGGCCCUGGCCUCAGCCUCGGCCCGAAAGGAAUCAUGCAGAGACAGAGACACUCUAGACGGGGGUUCCCGCAAUUUAACUCCCCUAAAUCUAGCAGUCCAACCUGGUGCUUACUGAACUCUGUGAAUCCUCCCCAAGCCCUACUGUACAUGGUCCGGCCCUCGGCAGGCCUCGUGGUUACCCGGGUCGCAGACGAAGAGCAGGAAGCUCUCUUCUCCUCUGGAGGCGGCAUCCUAUCGAAGGAGUGAACUGAGGUGCAAAAAAUGCCAGAGUGACAAAUCACGGGAAUCUUCUCCCUUAUUCGUAUCAGUAUUUAUUUAUAAUUUAUUUACUCUAUUGAUUAUUUAUUUACGCAUUGAUUUGUGAGAUAUUUAUUACUGGAAUGUUUUUUUUUCUGUGUUUGUUGGUCAUUCUUCAAGAUGGAAAUCAAGUUUUACUGCUGUGGUGAAGAAAACCAAAAGCAGAACUUUUACACUGCAAAAGCUCUUUCUGGCCUAGAGAACAGGUUUAAAACUGGCCUAACCAUACUAUACGGCAUUUAAAAUGUUAGAUUUUGUCAGUAUGAUAAUCCAAAAAAAAAAAACGUAUGCCACUUUUACAUAGAAGUACGCUGGGUUUGACAUUGCGAACAGACUAAUGAAGGUAAACAUUUUAUUACAAGAAAGGUGUUUCUUGUGGUGGUGAUGGGUGAUUUCAACUACCUUUCUAACGUCACUAGUCUUUCUUGGGAUGCUUGUGUUUUUUUAUACAAAGAUUUCUUUUUUUUUGCAAAUCAUGUGCAUAAAAACUAUUUUAUACCUCCUAUGAUUUUUAUUUAUUUUUACAGCAGACUCUAGCGACAUGGUUGUGUCUGUAACGUAGCCCAGAUCUCCUCGGAGACUGGGAUAGACGAGAGGCUGAGCGUUUGAGAUCAGGACUAGGGCUCUUGGCCUGGAUUUUUUGCCUUUUGAAUUGCACAGGUUUAAGUGACCAUGGAGUGAACUGACCUCCAUCUUUUUAUCCUUAAUUAAGAACAGAGGACUUCUCCCCCUCCCCCCGAAGGUGUGCCUCUUCUAGAGUAACCAUCUCGGUCAUGUCAGCAUUGUACUCUCACCAUAAAGUUUUCACUCUUUUCUCCAUGAGCUCGGUCACAAGCCCAGAAAAACUGUUACUAUCACCUUAGUUGAUCCUGCAGUGACAGAAUUGUCAAUCAAAUUGAUAUUUUCAGUAUCCCAAGCUACACUUGUCCACCUCCAUGUCCAGUGUCUCUACAUGCUUCCUCCAAACUGUAUGCAGUACUGUCCAAGCACAAUUAUGCACUAUGCAUUAUAGCAAUACAGUAGCACGGGUCGCGGACUGUUUUGAUUAAGAUUAAUCAAUCGGUCUGUCACCAUGAACUAACCAGCAGGCUGACAAGAAAGAGCAAGCCAGCAGGAGUGUCCUCAGCUUGCUCAAACAAAAUGGAGACAUAGCCACAGCACUACUGUCAUUAGAUGCUAUCAAGACGUUGUUUCGUUUUGAAACGCCGUUUCAAUCCGAGAGGAAUGGGGGCUGCGUAAACCGAGAUGUGUAGCGUAGGUUGCAUAAUUGAAGUCCCAUCUCCUUGUCGUUAUACCAUCAUAAUGUCUUUAAAGUUAAUGUUCUCCUCACUGCACUGAAUACAUACAUUUCCCAAUGGAGAUGGAGCGGCUCAAGUGAAAUAACACAGCCAGAAUAGUGUUGUAAUGACAGAUAAGAGCAUAUCUGUUACAUCAGCAAUGAAUGAGUGGACUCUUUCUGUUCUCCGUGUGUACAUCUGUUGGGUUUGUCUUUGUUAACAGUAUAGAUUGUUACAUUUGCAACUACAGAGUGAUGAAAAUGUCUGUGGUCCAAAAGUAGCUUCUGUGCCCGUGCAGGCUCAUCAGUGACCUAACUCUCUUGGUUUGUUCGCACAAUAUAGUAUUGGAUGGAGAGAAACUAAUGCAAUGAAACAUAGAAAGAAAAACUUGGGGGAAAAAAAAAUGGUUUCAAAAGAAUGACAGCUGUACUACAGUGGAUUUGACAGUUUCUCCACCAUCUUAAACAGUGUUUAAUUGGUUUCACAAGUAAAUAAAAGACCUGCCCUUGGA